AUGAAAUAACAUAAUAUAGAAUAUGAAUAGUGCCUCUUCUAGUGUAAAACGAAGAAAAAAUAAUUUAUAGGAAAAGAGAAUAGAUUUAUAUAUGUGUUUGAAGAUUGUUUGAUAAUAAAUAGAAACCAAAACAAAGGUGAUCCUUCAAGAGUGAUUAUGUUUGAAAAUUUAAUUCGAGUUAAAUGGAACUAUUCAAUUAACUCUAAAACAUUCAAAACCUUUCUGAAAAGUUUUACUUUAAUUACGAAUAAAGAAUAACUUAAAUAUUAUGCAGAUUUUGAGAUGCUUAUUGCUUUAAAAAAGAUAUUAUAGAAAUUUGUUUAAUAAAGUAGUAUUGAAGAUGAAUAUGAAACGCAGUAGGUAUUGGGAGAGGGUAGUUAUGCUGUAGUAUUUUAAUUAAAGAACAUUUUUACAGGAUAGGAAUAUGCUGGAAAGUGUAUAGAGAAAAAAAAACUGGAUAAAAUUGAUAAAGGGUUAAAGGCAGUGAUGAAUGAGAUAGAAAUUAUGAGAAUUUUAAGUCCACAUGCUUAAAUAGUUAAUUUACAUGAAGUUUAUGAUGGAGAAAAUAGUAUAAAUUUAGUUUUGGAUUUAUGUUCUGGACAAAAUUUGUAAGCAGAAUUAACAAAACGGAAUUCAAUGUUGGAAGAUUCAGAAGUUAAAAUUGUAAUUAUUUUUCAUCAAUUUUAGAUUAUUCAUCAUCUUCUUUUAGCAGUUGAAUAUAUACAUAGUAAAGGUAUUAUGCAUAGAGAUUUAAAACCAGAAAACAUACUAUUUUAGAGACCAUAAGAUUUUACAACAUUGAAAAUAGGUGAUUUUGGACUUUCUGCAAUAUAGACUGAUGCUCCUUAUCUUUAUCCUAAAUGUGGUACUCCAGGAUAUGUUGCUCCAGAAAGUAAACUUUAUGUAUUAAUUAGAGUAAAGUUGCCAAUUUAGUUGAAAAAGAUAAAGAAUAUAGUAGAGUUUGCGAUAUAUUUAGUUGCGGGGCAAUAUUUCAUUUGCUUUUGUUAGGAGAGGGAGUUUUUCCUGGUAAAGGACAUCUAGAAUUACUCAAACUUAAUAAAGAAUGUAAUAUUAAUCCAGAAGAUAAGAGAUAUAAUGCUUUAACAAUUGAGUAGAAAGAUCUAUUGUAAGAUCAAUUAAUAUUAUGAGAUUUAAAAUGUUAAAGACUAAUCCUUAACAUCGCCCUUCUGCCAAAGAAUUACUAAACCAUCCAUAUUUCACAAAUUAGAAGUUAAAUGCUGUUGGAAUAUUUAGCAUGAAUAUCAUAAAAUAUGAAGAAGAUAAUACUUUAGUCAUGUAGGAUUUAAUUCAUUCUCCAACAAAAGUUGGAUUAGAAAAAAGAUUUUCAUUUUUAUAAAUGAGCAAUGAAAGAAAUACUCCUUUGAAAAUUAUAUGA